UUAAAUAAUGUCCUCCAAAACAUACGUGACAAUGGAUUUUCAUUGUCGGACGUCGUGGAGGCAGUGAUCUCUAGCAAAGAUGUCAGUCACCAAGAUGUGCAGACAACACUCAAAGAAAACAGUACUCACUUCCUCACCUGGCUACUCACAUCAGAGGAUCCUCAUGGGUGCAACCUCCCGCGCGCUGUUGAUGCUGUUAUGAAAAUCUUGUGUGAUGAGGUGCUCGAGUUGUCGCAAGAGCAGAGUGGUCUUCACUUUGGUGCUACAACAGCAACAUCCUCACAGCUAGAGGACUCUUUCAUGAGAACUCUAGCACAGAAGAUCAAAAAAAUCACACCAAAUCUCUUUCAUCUCAUAUUUUCACUUCUC